AUGAUAGCAUCGUCAUACAACAUAUUAGGAUAUAAUCAUGCCAACACCGAUAAAAAUAAAAGUGAUGAAAACCAAUCUAUUAUUGAAAAACCUAAGGAUUUAAUUAAUUUGGUACUAAUAAGUAAAGAUCAUCAAAAAUCAAUGAAGAAAAUUCAUGAAAUUUAUGACGUGUUGCGUCCUGUUAUACUUGUUGAAUUACUGUCUGAAGCAGUAUUAAUGUCAUUAAUUCCUUUUGUAAUUCUUUUGAAUACAAAUAAAGGUGUACCACUGACAUCUCCAGAAAGCAUCAAGUUUAUCUCAGGUGCUGUAAUUACCACCCUUCACGUAUUCUUAACAUGCUAUUUAUUCAGUCAAAUCGACAAAUAUAAUGAUGAAAUAAAUUUCGCUUUAUAUAGUUCCAAUUGGACCGAAAUGAGCAUAAAGUUCAAGAAAUUAUUAUUGCUUACGAUGCAAAUUAAUAACGCCAACAACUUUAAGCUUAAUGUAUCAACGAAUAUUGUUGUCAACUUAAAAUUAUACACAAAUGUCAGGCCAGCAAAGCAUGAUGAUGAGGUGACACUAAUAUGUUUCAAUAAUAUAUUAACACCGCCACAAGCGCAAGAAUGGGCAGUCCCGUUGUUGUCGUGA